AUGUCAGCACCACAGAAUUUUAACUCUGGUUAUGAGACACAGUAUCAUGAGAUGGAAGGAAGUGCGCCAGCGAUUGUUACUCCACAGAACGAGGUGGUAGCAGAGCUGGAAGCAACGACAACUGGACGAGAUGACGGCCGUAUUGAUAUUGACCUCAGUUCGCGUAUAGUUCGACGCUUAUCGCGUCUAGCUCCGAUUGAGAAACCGAAGAUAUCAUCAGAGCAACAGUCAAGCCUUCCACCUCCCCCAGAGUACUCGGAAAUAGGCCAAUCCAGCAUUUCUCUCAAUAUCGUUAUCCAAGUUGUCGGCAGUCGAGGCGACGUUCAGCCGUUUGUCGCCCUCGGCACAGAAUUACAGCGCCAUGGCCAUCGAGUUCGCCUUGCAACCCACGGCCACUUCGACAAGUUUGUUCGCGAUGCAGGUCUCGAAUUCUACUCCAUCGGCGGCGACCCUGCUGAGCUAAUGGCGUACAUGGUCAAGAACCCAGGUCUACUUCCUAGCAUGAAGACUCUGCGAGGCGGCGAGAUUCAGAAAAAGCGAAAAAUGGUGAACGAGAUGCUUCACAAGUGCUGGGAUUCGUGCAUUAGGCCAGACGAGUUGACCGGACAGCCAUUCGUUGCAGAUGCAAUCAUCGCCAAUCCGCCCAGUUUUGCACAUAUUCAUUGUGCGCAAGCCCUGGCUAUCCCUGUACAUCUCAUGUUCACCAUGCCCUGGACUAGUACGCGAGAGUUUUGCCAUCCUCUUGCAAACCUCCAGGCCAACGGUAGUGAAAUGUCGGCAAGCGCUGCGAACUACGUUUCUUAUACUCUGGUGGAAUGGAUGACAUGGCAAGGACUCGGUGAUGUCAUCAACGCAUGGAGACACACAUUGGACCUCGAGCCAAUUCCGUUCAGUGAGGGACCGUGUCUUGCCGAGACACUCGGAGUGCCUGUUACGUAUUGUUGGUCGCCAGCAUUAGUUCCCAAACCAGCAGACUGGGCCGACAAUAUUGAUGUUUGCGGUUUCUUCUUCCGCGAUAUGCCAUCUUACAACCCCGAUGUCGACCUCGAGAAAUUUCUUUCCAGUGGACCAACCCCAGUGUACAUCGGUUUCGGCAGCAUCGUGAUCGACAACCCUGAACAGCUGACAGCAACAAUCCGUGAAGCGGUACGUGCAACGGGCACUCGGGCUAUCGUUUCGCGAGGAUGGAGCAAACUAGGCGGAGACUCUCCUAGCGACGACAACAUAUUCUUUCUUGGCGACUGCCCCCACGAAUGGCUGUUCCAGCAAGUCACAGCAGUCGUCCAUCACGGUGGUGCAGGAACGACAGCUUGUGGAUUACUCAACGCCAAACCGACUGCUAUCGUUCCCUUCUUCGGAGAUCAACCGUUUUGGGGAAACAUGGUCAAUGCUGGUGGUGCUGGCCCAGCUCCUAUUCCUUUCAAGAGUCUGAACAAAGACAACCUCGCAGAUGCUAUACGUUACUGUCUGACUCCGGAAGCAUCUGCUUCAGCUCGCAAAAUCGCCGAUAAAAUGUCUCGCGAGGCAGGUGUCAGACGUGCUGUGGCUUCUUUUCACGCCAACUUGCCUCUUAACAACAUGCGCUGCGAUAUGAUACCGAACCAGGCGGCAUCAUGGACUUUCAAGAAGAACGGGAAAACUCUCAAAUUAUCCAAGAUUGCUGCUGAGAUUCUUGUGGACAACAACAAGAUAUCAUGGAAGAACCUCAAGGUUCACCAGUCCCAUCCUAUCCAUAUCGAGAAUCGACGCUGGGACCCUCUGACUGCGACUCUCGCAUCCCUUGCUACUACUAGUAUGGGAAUGGUAACUUCGGCUUCCGAUAUCGUCGUCAAGCCAAUCCAGGCAUUCCGCCCUGUGAACUCAGAAGAGGCGAAGAGAUCUUCAAGCAGUCAAGAUUUGAAUGAGCGUAAUCUCAACAGCCAAUCCUCCACAGGCAGCAAGAAUGACGAGGAUGUGUUUGGAAGAUCGGCGGGUUUGACUGUUCCUCCUCGGCUGAGUAAGAGCCGCAGCACCAGUGACCUGCAUCAACAACAUGGCACUGUCGCCGCACUGAAAGGCUCCGCUUCCGGCGUUGGUGGCUUCUUCAAGCACUACUCAAAGGGCAUGCUACUUGAUCUCCCUUACGCGGUUUCCGAAGGAAUGCGGAACGCUCCGAAACUCUACGGCAGUCAAGCUUACGACCCAGGCGCCGUGACCGACUGGAAGUCUGGUGGUAUUGCCGCUGGUAAGAACUUUGCACACGGCAUUGUUGAGGGUAUCGGAGGCGUAGUGAUGGAGCCUAUCAGAGGAGGCAAGAAGAAUGGCGCCGCUGGAGCAGCAAAGGGCUUUGGUAUCGGGUUGUUGAACAUGACUACCAAAGUGACUUCUGGCGCUGUGGGACUUGUUACUAUGCCGGGUCAAGGCAUUUACCAGAGUGCAAGGGCACUUGUGAAGACGGAUACAGGCAAGAGUAUUGUAGAGGCAAGGAGGAUUGAAGGAGUUGAUAUUAUUCAGAAGGCUGAUAAGGGCAAGCGAAAUUGGUAUCAACAGACGGUUAUGGAGGCAUAUGAAAGUGCGAGAGAUAGAUAA